AAGGACCGGGGCGGCUCUGCAUUGUACAGCCAGCACGCUUCCGUUCAACAUUGCCUGUCAAUCGAUCAAGUCUCUCAUCCAACUUUCGUUACCGAUAUACUUGCUUUUGCAUCGUCAAUUCCAUCCUUCAUCAUGAAGACCUUCGCUGUUGCCGCUCUCGUCUCUUUGGCUGGUGUUGCCACCGCCCAACUCGACAACAUCCCGACCUGUGCUCUGUCUUGCUUCUUGGGACCCUUGAGCUCUGACGGUUGCUCCGAGCUUACCGACUUCAAGUGCCACUGCGAGAAGUUCGACACUCUCGUUUCCGGUGUCACUCCUUGCGUCCAGAAGGCUUGCGAGGCUUCCGACCAGGAGAAGGUCAUCUCCGGCGUUGUUGAUACCUGCAAAGCUGCCGGUGUCUCCGUCACUCCCCCGACCCUCUCAUCCAGCGCUCCCAGCUCCUCCGCCGCUCCCAGCAGUGCCAUGGAAAGCAUGACCAGCAUGACCAGCAGCGCUAUGGGUUCCAUCACCACCUCUGCGUCCCUUCUCCCUACCUCCGUCGGCAACUCGACCGGACCCGCCCCCACUGGUGGUGCUACCACCCCUCCACCAACGUUCCCUGGUGCUGCCUCCGGUUUCGUUCCCGGCGUCGGUGCUAUCGGUGCUGCUGUCCUCGCCUUCUUCGCUUUGUAAUAAUCGAAUCAGCGGGCUUUCUGAGCGUGGAUGGGUGUCAAUGUGCGCCCUUGCGUUGCUCUUCGUCUUCAUGGAUACUGGGAAUGGGUCUUAAUGUUUAUGUGGGCUGGAUGUUUAAUGUCGUAUUGUAUAUAAUGAAAAG